AUGCGCUUCGAAUACUCUAGCUUGGCACUUUUUGCCGGGAUUUCUUGGGCAGCCUCUUUGCCAAACACUACAAACUUCGAGCAGGAGACGCGCAGCCUCGAUGAAAUCUACCAGGCAGCUUUGGCAGAAGGUGGCGUUGUCACUCUUUGGCAUGGCGGCGAUGAGAAGACUCAGCAGAACAGUCUGAAGAGUGCUUUUGAGGCACGGUUCCCUAACAUGACACUCAAUGUCACCGUCGACCUGUCGAAGUACCAUGAUGUCAACCUUGACGCACAGCUGGCUGCCGACAAUGUUUACGUCGACAGCAUCAUCCUGCAGACGCUUCACGACUACCCACGAUGGAAGAAGCAAGGCGCUUUGAUGAACUACGCACCAUUAAACUUCGACAAGAUCUAUCCUGUGUUCAAGGAUGCCGAAGCGGCGUACAGUGGACUUCUUAUCUUUGAUUGGGGUAUCUCCGCCAACAUGAACAAGACAAGCGCCAUGCCGACAUCGUACCAAGACUUCACGAAGCCCGAAUACAAGGACAAGAUUGUUCUGACCUACCCCAACGACGAUGAUGCCGUCUUGUACCAGUUCGAACUGAUUAUCGAAGAGCUCGGUGAGGAAUGGUUCGACGCCCUACUCGCCAACAACCCCCGCUGGGUGCGCGGUACUGCCACUCCUGGUACACUCAUCAAGGCUGCCAACAGCAGCAGUGCGGUAACCUUUAGCUCGGGUUACUCAUUCGCAGACCGACCACCAGUCAAGUACGCGCUCCCCAGCGACGCCAAAUUCGUCUCUUGGGCUCAGACUGGCGCAAUCCUGAAGAAAGCACCCCACCCUGAAGGCGCAAAGCUACUUCACAGCUUCAUGCUCAGCGACGAAAACCAAUCUAGCCGUGGCUGGAGCGUCCGUCAGGAUAUCCCAGCACCAGAAGGCGCCGAGACGAUCCUGCAGCAGCCCGGUACGGAUGCGCCUGCGUUUGCUGAGUUCAUGGCAGACCGUGGUCAUGUUGAGAGGCGAAGGGACUUCUAUGAGGUGAGGAUUGCGACCUUGUUUGCUCGCGCCAACCUCACUGCUCUAAUAUUGUUGCAAACUCGCACUGCAAUCCCUUUCGGCCGCAAGGUCUUCGAUAUGUCUGAAUCAAAGCGAUCGGCUGCUAAGCUCUUCAACAACCCCGCGCUAUCCGAUGUCACGAUCAAGCAAAUCCACGAAGGCCACAUACGCGAAUACUAUGCGCACAAGGCCGUGCUAUGUCUAGAGUCCGACUACUUUCUCAAUGCUUUCACUGGCAACUUCAAGGAAGCAUCAGAAGGCAUCAUGGAAUUGCAUGAGGACGAUCCCGAUCACUUUGAGUUCUUUCUCAAGUUCAUCUACACCAACGAGUACGACAAACACGAGAUCGCGAAGCUCGCAGGCGAUGACAAGAGCAAGCGUGUGCUUGUUCCAAUCGGCGUGCACGCUAUCGCUGACAAGUACGACGUUGUCAAGCUCUACGAGCCAGCUGCAGAAGAUGUGAAGGCUGUACUUAUAGAAGCUGUCAAAGACCUAGACAUGCUCAUCACUGCAAUCCACGCUCACUACGGUACCGAGGUCAACGUCGAUGGGGCUAUGGGACGUCUCAUAACUUCCGUUGUCUUCGAAAAGUACCGUUAUCUUGUCAAGACGAAGGACUUUGAGCAGUUGCUGCUUGCGCAUCCCACCUUCGCCGCAGACGUUGCGCUGAACUUACAGCGUAACGCACUAUAUGCAUUAACAGCUGGUUGGUGUAUUGGCUGCCAGGCCAACCAGAACAUUGACGCAGCUGGUAUGCGCAAGGCAGGUUGCACAUACUUCUAUUGCCCGAAUUGCAGCAGGCAAUGCCCUCUUCCAUCUGUCGGUGAAAACUAG